AUGGAAGGAAUUAAUGAUCCUUUUGGCAUGGAAUGUAACAUAAAACAUGCAGAUAAUAAUAUUUUAUAUAUUUUCGGUGUUACCACAUCGGAUGUUGUCAUAGCUAACACAUUCGUUGCUCAGAAGAAAAACCUUAAGCUCAUUGAUGUGGAUGUUCCGGUUGUAGGAGAACAAUCAGGUAUCACCAUUUUACCACUGCUGUCAAUGAUGAAACCCGCUAUUACCUUUACCGGUGAAGAAGUGGAACAUCUGACCGUCCGGAUUCACAAUGCCGGGACAGAGGUUGUGGAGGCAAAGGCAGGUACAGGGUCUGCCACACUGUCCAUCGCCCAUGCAGCCGCAAGAUUCGUCGAAUUAUCCCUUCGUGCUCUGGGUGGAGAUGGGGACGUCUAUGAGUGCUCAUUCAUGCAGUCCGAUCUGACCAAUCUUCCAUUUUUUGCAUCUAGGAUCAAGCUCGGAAGGAAUGGGGUAGAAGCUUCAAUUCCGUCUGACCUCGUAGGGUUAUCCGAGUACAAAUUGAUGGCAUUGGAAGCUCUUAAACCACAAUUGAAGGCCAGCAUUGAGAAGGGGACUGAAUUUGUUCGGAAGCAACUGGUUACUUUUGACAAUAUCAAAUGA